AUGGCUAUAGGUGAUUUUAAUGAGAUCAAAGGCAACCAUGAAAAGAGAAGAGGUCCUCCACGCCCUGAAAUUUCCUUUGCUGAUUUUCAAAAUAUGAUCCAGGUCUGCGACUUUCAUGACAUGAAACACCAUGGUGACCCUUUCACUUGGACUGGAAAACGCCACUCGCAUGACGUAGCUUGUCGCUUAGAUAGAACCAUGGAUAAUAAUGAAUGGCUUGAUCAGUACCCAACUUCUCAUGUUGAGUUUUUGGAGCUUAUAGAAUCAGACCAUAGACCAGUCAUAACCACUAUUUCUAAUGACGUCAACCCUCGGCAAGGACAGUUUUAUUAUGACAAUAGGCUAUCAAAUAGAGAUGGUUUCAUUGUAGCAAUAAACCGUGGAUGGAACCGCAGAACACUGGGUAACAUUACAAACUUGAGCACCCGACUGAAGGAAUGUCGAAAAGCAAUCUCUCACUGGAAACGAAGCAAUCCAUCUAAUUCUCGAGAGGAAAUUAAUUUUCUGAAGUUGAUUGAUAAGGCACAUUCGGAUAGAUCCUCUAGACAACAGAUACAGUGUCUCCGUCACAAAUUGAGCUGCACUUACGCUAAUGAGGAGGAAUUUUGGCGUGUAAAGAGCCGCAAAGAGUGGAUAUCCUUUGUUGAUCGUAACACAAAAUAUUUCUUUGCCACCGCUAAGAGCCAUACAGCCAGAAAUAAGCUAUAUUCAAUACUUGAUGAUGAGGGCAAUGAGCACCGAGGAGAUUCACACAUUGGCUGA